GCACACACCUCCAGGUCCCAUAUAAGAAAAGGCACCAGCUCUUUGCUGGCAGUCGUGUUCAUUUCAUUCUCAGUGGCUGCAAACGUUCCCAGCUUUGCCCAAAAUGAGCGCUCCAGGAGACCGCACUGUCCUUGUCCUGGGGGGAGCCGGAACAGUGGGCUCGGGAACUGUGAAAGUAUUGCUGGACAGAGGCUUCCAUGUGGUAGUCAUAUCCAGAGAUGCAGCCCGGUUGGAAAAACUGAAAAACUUUGUCCCAGCUGCCACUCGAUCUAGGCUUUCUACAUUGGUUGGAGAUGUUGGUUCCGAAGAGGGUGCAGAAGCAGCUAAAAAUGCAGUACUGCAGGCUGUUGGGAAAGUGACAGAUAUAGUGUCAUCCCUGGGUUUCAGUUGGUGGCAGGGUGGUCCUCCACACACACAAACGCUCGAGGAACUGAAUAGGGUUCUGAAGACAUUGCUGAUAAGUACUUUCACAUCUUGGAAGGCAUUCUUUCCUUUGGUUAAAGAUGACCACAAGGGAUCAUACACAUUUAUAACUGGUGGUGCAGGGGAGCGUCUGUUAAUGCCUGGGACUGGUUUCUUGACUCUGGGAGCUGCAGGAGCUCUGGCAUUCUGUCAGGUGGUCAGAGAGGAGUACCCUGAUAUUCCAUGUAAACUGAACGAGGUGAAACUUAACAUGGGAGUUGCAACACCAGACCGAAUUGCUCCUGGCUUUGUGAAUCACUUGGAUGUGGGUGAAGCAAUAGCCACUAUUUUGGAAAAGAGUUCUAUUUCACAUCAUGUGUUCUGUGUGAAUACCCUAGCUGAUCUCAAAACCCUGAUUGUGGAAGGGAAAGUCUGAAUGUGAAGAUACUACAAGUUGGCAUGCCAAGUCAUCAUUCCAUUUUGCAUGUAUAGCUUAUUUUGAAGUCCUAUAACACUACAGUAGUGUGCAUUUUUCCAAUAAAACCAGUGUGUCUAGCAA